UUGUAUAGAACUGAGAGAGAAAAAGUAGAACUCAGAUUGUGUUAUUCAUUUUUGCUCUUCAUUCAUUCAUAUUGUGAGAAAGAAGCCGGAGUUCCUGGAGAACUCGUUCUUUAUUUCAGAUAAGUUUCAUUUGUUCACUCGAAUAGUGGAUUAGGAUAAUCUGUCAAAACUUCCUUAAGUUCUAUUCAGUACUUUGUAUUUCUGCCUCCUUGUUCACCGGUUCCAGAGAUUGAUGACCACACCCAUACAACUGAAUCCUGUGUUUUCCUUAAUUAACCAGCAAUUAAUUGUUUUCUAAUUAGUUUAUCAUAAGGAAAGUUAUCUAAAUAAUAUCAAAAUGGAAUCGCAUGAGAUUUCAAGUCUACCUGGCUGCUAUUUGCUGGUUAUUUUAGGUGAACCGAUGUGUGAUAAUCACAAGGGAAAAAUCCUUCAGCGAGUGGCCAAGGGUUUACUUUCAUGGAAUAUUGAAACUACCCAAUGUGAUCUGAAACAUUUGGAACAAGUUUGCGAUAAUUUGAUUGCUAGUAAGCGAAACUUGUUGGAAACCGCUCUUCUAUUGCAACAUUCAACGGAUAAACUUGCGGUCGAGGUUUUAUUCAAUCCUCAAAUUUCCGCUCUACAACAAUGUCUCAGAAAUUUACUUCUUUCUCCAACUGGUCAUAAGCACAUAAUCUAUGCUGGUUAUUCAUUCACUGGAAGUGGAUCAUGGAUGUUACAAGAUGGAGUCUUCAGAUUCCAAGAUUUCGUUGAUGAAUUGAGUGAUCCCCAUAUAACCAAAGUUCUGUCUCAAUAUCCUGCAGGAUGUACUCUUAAUAUGCAUCUUCAUUGUUCACCAAUUGGUGAUUGGGUUACCAACAAUCUUGAAAAUCAAUCCUUUUCUCAUCUAAUUAACCUUUCACUUAAUCCACCCGAUAGUCCUAAUGGUGUUCCUGGGGCUUCAAGUUUAUUGGAAUUCAUUGAAAAUUCAUUGACAACUCUUGAGAAAGAUGAGACUCUUGAAUCAUCUCCCCUGAUUGGGAAUAUCAGAUUUGAGAGACCGACGAUGUACAUUUUCCCCAGUGGUCAAGGUGAUUGUUCACUUUUCGGUAUAACUGGAUUCACCAUGUUGAUUGAUGGAGGAUUCACAAGGUACCCUUGUUUCUGGAAAUUUGUGAGACACAUUGAGCGACUUGAUUCAAUCAUGAUGACCAGAAUCAACGAGUCAAACCUUUGGGGAAUUUUGCACCUUUUGAAGGGCAAACAAGAAUCUUCCAUGUUUCUGAAAAUCGGCUACGUUUUUUGUAACAUUGCUGAUAAAACUGAUUCGCAGGCCAAAACGGGAAAAGAAGAAAUCACCGGUUAUGCUGGUAUUCAAGCGGACGCGAAUGAUUUAGUUAUCAGUAUCAUCGAUUACGGGAAUGAAAUUGCAGCGAGAUUGAAGCAGAUCGGUUGCAGUCCACGUCAAUGUCUCAGAGAGUCCACUCCAAGUCCACUGACUUUGUACCAUAAAGUGGGCCAUGGAACGUUGGAAAUGUAUGUCCUAAGUCCACCUCGAGAUAGUCGAUUGUUGAAAGACUUUUUGUCCUACUGUAACUCGGAUCGUGAAAGUCUCCCUAUUCUGAGAACUCGUUCUGCUCAUAAAAAUGGUGGAAAAUCAGGACAAGAUAUUGCGAUUCCAAUUUCUGAUGUAAUGUCCAUUUGCUGUCUCAUAGUUUGGAGGCCAGCUGACCCAAGUGAUAGAAUAACUCGAAUUCUGUUUCCCGGAAGUGCACCACAAAGUCAAAUAAUGGAAGGUCUCAACUCGCUUAAAGAUUGUAAUUUGUUUUCAUCAAGAGUCUGCACUGGAUUAACAGUUAAACAACAAUCGAAGCAAAAGCAAACGGUUAAAUCGACUUCUUUCAAGAUUAACGAGAAAUUUGGUUCGUCAUCCACUCGUUACAGGUCAGUUUCUCCAACCUUAAGGAAAUCCCGUGUUACUUAUGCUAAACAAACUUCAACUGAUCUUGGAGAUAAAGGUGGGGAUAGUUCAGAGUCUCAAUCGUCACCAAUUAAAAGGAAAUCGAAUAUUUUGUUGACACAAAAGGCGGAAAAUUCAAGGGAAAAAACUACUGAAGAAAGUUCGAAAAAAACAAUCGAAGGAGAUAAAAAGACCGAUAAAGGUCGCACCGAGCGGAAAACAAAGCCACGGACUAGUAGUACAAGUCGAACAUCAGUUAUAUCGAAAACUAUUGCAAAAAGUUCUGAAGUAUCUUCUGAAUCAACAAACGAUAAAAGUCGAGCAGUUACGAGAAAAGUUCGACCUCAAGUUAAUACGAAACAAUCGCCACCAAAAGCGAAAGAAAAAAUAACCAAACAAACUAAAGAAACAGCGAAAGAUAAUAAUAAACAAGGUCUCAUAAUCGAUUAUGAUGCAACCGAUUCUAAAGUACAAGAGGCCCGUGAGACUUAUAGUGAAGACGAUCACCGUGAUUCAGGGAAAGGUUCAGAAGACGCAAGUCCUCGAAAAAUCCCUUUUCUUGAUCAUAUCCGAGAUGAAGUUGAACCUGAUUCAUUAGAAUCUCAUGAUAUCUAUGGAAAUUCCGAGAUAUGUAGAGAUUCAUUGGAACACUCGGAAGAUGAAGUGAUAACCGGCGAUAGCCGUUCGACAUCUCAACUGGAACAAACGAUGUCACGAGAGGAUGAUGAAGAAAUGAAGUCCCGAUCAUCGCCUGUUCAACAAGAUUCCGAAUUACAAUCAGCCAUGUUUUCCUCUCUUUCAUCCAAUAUGACUGUUAUCUCAGGAGAAAGGAUCGAUGAUUCCGACGCAGAAGUGGCCUCAUUAACCUCAAAAAUUGAUAACAAUCAGGCCUAUCAAUCGACUGAGAUGUCUCGUACCGAGAAAAAUCGUCGAAGAUCAAACGACCCGAGCAAUUCACACAGAAGUUUGCAAUCGGAGCUGCAAGAAAUUAUGAAACAAUCUGAUGAAGAAUCGAUUGAAUCAAAAAGUUCCAUUGAAAAUAGGAGACAAAGUUCGCAAAUCAAUCAAGUUGAUGAGACAAGAAACGUUGAUAGUAAUUUGGUGUCAAAAGAAAGUAAAAGAUAUUCCAUCUCCGGUGAUGAAGAUCUGUCAACAGAUUCACAGAAAGACAUUAUAAUAAACCAAUUUGAAGGUGAGAAUAAAGUGACUGAAUAUCAUGAAUCUCAAUCAGAUGAAAAGAUUGAAGAUGAUAAAAGUGAUACAAUUCCAGGAACUCAUGAAAAUGAGACUUCCAAUGACAAGAUUGAAACUUCGAUGACUACAAUUGAACCAAAUGUCGAUUCAAACAAUGAAUGUUUCGAAAUAGAUGCGAAAAUCAUUGAAAAUACUUCAGAUAAAAUCGAAAGUAAAUCACAAAAGGAUUCUAUCGAUUCAAAAGAAGGUGAAUCGUUUAUCGAUGAAUCCAUCCAAUCUGAAAUUCCAGCCAACAAAAAAGAGCAGAUCACUGAUCUUAUCACGGAGAAAAAAGUGAGCAAAAUUGGUGAUGAAACGAAACAGACUGAAAGUGAAAUUAUCACGACCUUUGAUUCGGCUAAAGAUGAAAUUCAACUGACGAUUGGUACAAAUGAGGAUCAAAAGUUGUCGUUUGAACAAGAAGAAGCUGAGUUGAUAGACCAGAAUGGACAGUUAAUGUCGACGAGCAAAAGUGAAAAAUCACAACUUACAAAAGAAGAAAAUGCGACUGACCAAUCAGCAACAGAAAAAAACGCUGACAGAAAAGACUCGUUAAUUAAAGAGGUCAACAAUUUCGAAAGUGCUGCUAUUUAUGGAACGGAAGGAUCAACUAAAGAAGAUGCGGAAACACAAGAAAAUAUUUCUCGCAAAGAUUCACGAAAAGAAUCUAUGGUUUCAAUUGCUGCUGAUGUUACGGCAUCAGUAAAACCGAGCACGAUUGAUGACGUAAAAGUAACUCUAGAGAGGAAAGAUUCUAUAGAAGUGUCAACAGAAAGUGCUGAAGAAGCUACGAGUAGACGUAAUUCUGAAAGAAAAGAGUCGAUCGCUAAAGCGUUAGACUCUGGGUCAAUAAUGGAAGAGUCGGAGAAAACAAUUGUAAAAAGUUCUGAAGAGAAUUUCGUUGGUUCACGAAAGGAAUCAAUCGCUUCAUCGGAUGGAACAACACCUAAAGUGAUCGAGACUAUUGAUCGAAAAGAUUCGAUUGUUGUAGAGAAAAUCGAAUCAAGUACUGAAGAGAAAACAUCUACGAGAAAAGAUUCAGUUUCUUCACAAUCUGCAGAAGUGAUGAGUAGUGAUAUUCAUUCACGAAAGGAAUCAAUCGCUUCAUCGGAUGGAACAACAUCAAAAGCGAUUGUUGAAACAAUAGAAAAUAUUGCUCGAAAAGAUUCGGUUGUUGAUAAAAUCGAAUCAAUUGCUAGUAAUGAAGAGAAAAUGUCUACGAGAAAAGAUUCAGUUUCUUCACAAGCUAAAGAAGUGAUAAGUAGUAAUAUUGAUUCACGAAAAGAAUCAAUCGCUUCAAUUCCUGAUAAUAUUGUGGAACCAUCAGAACUGAUCCCAAGUGAUGUCGAAAAAACCAUCCAAGAGAGAAAAGGCUCUAUAAAAGUGUCAUCUGAAAGUACCAAAGAAGCCAUGAGUCGACGAGAUUCUGAAAGAAAAGAUUCAAUUGUUAAACAAUUAGAAGAAGACUCGAAGGGAACUGUAAGAAAAAGUUCCAAAGAGGAUUCAGUUGAUUCACGAAGACAAUCAACCGCUUCGAUUUCUGAUAAUUUAUCGAAAUCAUUUGAACAAGAUACGAGUGAAGACGGUAAAAAAAUUGGAAAGAGGAAAGAGUCGAUAGAAUCAACAAUCAUUAAAGAGACCACAAGUGAGCGGGAUUCUAGAAAAGAGUCAAUUAGUUACAAAGACACUGAGAUAGUAGAUUCAUUAUCUACGAUAACAAAUUCGGAGGAAUUGUCGAGUAGAGGAGACAAAAAUACCAUUGAGAGAAAAGACUCACACACAGAGGUUAAAAUGGGUACUCAUAAAACUCUGACCUCAGAAUCUAGUUUGAUUGUGGAGACUUCGAAUGUAUUAGAUGAUCAAUCACAAUCAGUUGAUUCAUCUAUUGAGAAAACUGUUGUUGACUCGACACGAAAAGAUUCACUUCAAAUGUCUCAUGAUUCUAGUAAAAUCGAAGCUUCCAUUGGUCAAGAUGCUCAGAAAACUUUAGAAGCUACAACCGAAUCAAAUGAAAUAAUAAAUCGAUCUUCAAUCGAAGUUGAAUCAAUUAAGAAUACGAUUACUGAUACUAAAUCAACAGGCUCACCUUCAACAACAGAUUCAUCCAGUAAAGGUAAUGAAACAGAUUUGGAUAUCAACGAGUCCAAAAUUCAGAGCUCAGAAGUCAUUUCAACAACAUCCGUUUCUUCAACCCAGGAAAUUAAACUGGAUAGAAAAACUUCAAUUGUUUCUUUAAAUUCAGAAGAAAACCAAAUCCACGUUCCAUCAAUAGAUGUAAAUGUUAACGCUAAUGCACCUCCAAAAGUUGAACUAAAAGACGAUUUCGUAACGGAUGAGCUUCUUGAGUCCCAGACUCAUGUAUCCACCAAGGAAUCGCAAUAUCAAGACUUUAGAGAUGAUAAAGUAUCAGAAGAAGUAAAUAAGAUUCAUAACCAGCUAAUAAGGGAAAAUAUCAGAAUUGACGAGUCUAAUACUCAAACUCAAUCAUUAAAAGAAAACGAAACUUUCCAUGAAAAUUCAAAUUCAGAGAGCAAUAAAAAGGAUCAGGAUAAUUCAAGUGAUACAUAUUUGAACUUCUCCCCAACUAAAUGUUCUGAUUCUCAAUCAUUGCAAGAGGAUUUCGAGUCCAAAAUUGAAACUUCAGAAUCAUCAAAGCUACUAAAUGAAAAAAUUAUUGAUAAAACUAAUGAAUCAAUGCCAGAAAACUCACAAUCAAAAUCUGGCGACGAUACUCAACUUUCAUUAUCUGCACCUCAUCUAAAAGGCGAGUUGAUUGCUACCAAGAAAGAACUACUUACUGAAUCCAGUGAAAAUGUUACCGAAUACGACGUGAAAAUAGAUUCAAAUAACAAUACGACUUCAAGUUUCACGAAUGAAAAAGUCGAAACAACAACUUCGAACCUUGAAAUACCAGACGAUUCACCCACAAAAGAAGAUAUUAAAUCUCCAUAUGCAUUGGAAUCUGAAAAACCUCAAGAAUUUUCAACAGAAAAAGAAUCAAAAAGUGAUAAUACUGUGAGAAAUUCAGAAUCUUUAUCGUUAAAUAUUGGAAUCAUGAUGUCGAAUGAAAGACAAGUAUUGAUCGAAAAUAAUGAAAAGUUGGCUUUUGAUUCUGAUAAGAGAUCUGAAGAUGAUAGAAAACAAUCAAUUUCGGAAGAAAAGAGCAACGUUGAUCAUGAUUCCAUUAGUGGACCAAUAGAAAUUUCCGCUCUUGAAAACAAUCAAAUCGAAGAUCCGAAAUCACCGAAAGACCCUUUACUUGUUGAACAUUUCGAAAGUGAAAUGAGCUCAUCUGCUAAAAGUGACAAACAUGAAUCCGUAAAAGAGAUUAAAUCGAGUAAAUCUAAACCAUUGGACGAACCUAUUCAAGAAGCGGCCACCAAUUUGAUCACAUCUAACUCGGUAUCAUUGCUAAAGGUAGAUACUGAUAAAGAUGGAAGUGGAAAGAAUCAAAAUGAUGGAUCGGAAAAUCAAUCAGCUGAGCAAAUGACUACCAAAGAAGUAAAGUCAGAGCUUGAAACUUCAUCUUGUUCUUCUGUGAUAACCAAACCCAAUGAAGAGAAUACGAGCUUCGAAGCCUUAGAAUCUAACCAGCAAGAGAGUUCAACAGAUUUUGAUGAUAGUAAACAUGAAAAAAUAUCAUUUGAAACUUUACAAAGUUCUGAAUCCAAAAUGGAACCAUCAACAAAAUCUAAUACAUCGAAAAGUUUUGAAAUUGAUCAGUCAAAUGGCAACCAGAAAAAACACCAAACUGUACAAGAAAGUGCAGGAACUUUGAAAACUUCUGUAGAAUCUACUCCAGUAACGGAUUGCAAUCUAACAACAAACAUUUUGGAAAAAGACUCCUUGAUUUCCAACGAAGAAAAAACUGAAAAUACACAAAAUGAAUACGAAAUAAAUUCGGCUGCUAAAGGUUCUUCUGAGAAAUCAGAAAGUUCAAUCAAAGAAGAAACUGAAGUGUGUAAAAGGAAGGACAAGGAAGAGUCAAUAGAUUUCGAAACUGUGAAAACAAUCAGCAAAGAAGAUUCGAGAAAAGCGUCUGUAACCAGUAUUCAUCAGCAAUCGGAUGGAUCAGCGAUCGGUGAAGAUGUGGAAACGAUUGGAAAUGUUUCUCGAAAAGAUUCGGCAGUUUUAGAUAAAGUUGAAUCGAUUUCUGGCACCGAAGUGAAAACAACUAUAAGAAAAGAUUCAGUUGAUACACAAGCUAACGAUGUGAUCAGUAGCAAAAGUGAUUCACGAAAAGAAUCAAUCGUUUCACUUUCUGGUGAUGUUACGGCAUCAGUAAAACCGAGCACGAUUGAUGACGUAAAAGUAACUCUAGAGAGGAAAGAUUCUAUAAAAGUGUCAACAGAAAGCACUGAAGAAGCUGCGAGUAGACGUAAUUCUGAAAGAAAAGAGUCGAUCGCUAAAGCGUUAGACUCUGGAUCAAUGAUAGAAGAGUCGGAGGAAACAAUUGUAAAAAGUUCUGAAGAGAAUUUCGUUGGUUCACGAAAGGAAUCAAUCGCUCAUCGGAUGGAACAACACCUAAAGUGUGAGACUAUUGAUCGAAAAGAUUCGGUUGUUGUAGAGAAAAUUGAAUCAAUUACAAGUACAGAAGAGAAAAUGUCUAUGAGAAAAGAUUCAGUUUCUUCACAAUCUGCAGAAGUGAUAAGUAGUAAUAUUCAUUCACGAAAAGAAUCGAUCGCUUCAUCGGAUGGAACAACAUCAAAAACGAUUGUUGAAAAAAUAGAAAAUAUUUCUCGAAAAGAUUCGGUUGUUGAUAAAAUCGAAUCAAGUACUGAAGAGAAAACAUCUAUGAAAAAAGAUUCAGUCUCUUCACAAGCUAAAGAAGUGAUAAGUAGUAAUAUUGAUUCACGAAAAGAAUCAAUCGCUUCAAUUCCUGAUAAUAUUGUCAAAUCACCAGAACCGGCCCAAAGUGAUGCCGAAAAAACCAUCCAAGAGAGAAAAGGCUCUAUAAAAGUGUUACACGAAAGUACCAAAGAAGCCACGAGUCAACAGAAUUCUGAAAGAAAAGAUUCAAUUGUUAAAAAAUUAGAAGAAGACAAGAAGGAAGCAGUUUUAAAAAGCUCCGGAGAGGAUUCAGUUGAUUCACGAAGACAAUCAACCGCUUCGAUUUCUGAUAAUUUAUCGAAAUCAGGUGAACCAGAUUCUAGGGAUUCUAGAAGAGAGUCAAUUAGUUACAAAGACACUGAGGUAGUGGAUUCAUUAUCGACGAUAACAGAUUCGGAGGAAUUAUCGAUCAAAGGAGACAAAAAUACCAUUGAGAGAAAAGACUCACACACAGAGGUUAAAAUUGACUCGACACGAAAAGAUUCACUUCAAAUGUCUCAUGAUUCUAGUAAAAUCGAAGCUUCCAUUGGUCAAGAUGCUCAGAAAACUUUAGAAGCUACAACCGAAUUAAACGAAAUAAUAAAUCGAUCUUCAAUCGAAGUUGAAUCAAUUAAGAAUACGAUUACUGAUACUAAAUCUACAGUCUCAUCUUCAACAACGGAUUCAUCCAGCAAAGGUAAUGAAGCAGAUUCGGAUAACAAAGAGGCCAAAAUUCAGAGCUCAGAAGUCAUUUCAACAACAUCCGUUUCUUCAACCCAGGAAAUUAAACUGGAUAGAAAAACUUCAAUUGUUUCUUUAAAUUCAGAAGAAAACCAAAUCCACGUUCCAUCAAAAGAUGAAACUUGGAAAUCAUCAGAAUCUGGACACUGUAUUUCUGAUGAAUUAAUGAACAUUCCAUAUGCAGACUCUUCAUCAAUAAUUAGAACAGAACUAAAUAAAAUUUGGACCGAAAAUGAUUCUCCCAUUGGGGAUAAAUCUACUGAAUCUGCUAUAUCGAACUAUGCAGUUGAGAAAAUAUCGAAAAACAAGAGCAAUGACGAGGAUUUAGGAAACAAUUCUAGAGGAUUCGGACAUUUAAACAAAUCAGAGUCUACAUCAUCCGAAGUGAAUACUAAUUCUGAUUCUAAAUUUGGUGUUUUCACUUCAGUUGAUGAAGAAACUCACUUCUAUCUUGAAGACUCGGACUCACUUACUCAAGAUGGACACAUGAUGACUUCUCUACCAGAAAAGUCAGGAUCUGAUGAAGACAAUCGAAUUUCGAGUUCAAUUGUUGAAAAUGCAACUCUAGAAUCUAUGCAAUUGGAGAUUGAUUCGAAUAAAAAACUAGAAGAUUUCGAUCCAUCCGUAAGCUUAAUUGGAUCAAAAACCCACAAAGACUCUGAAGUGAUCGAAAAGGUUAUAAUUGGAAGUGGAUUCGUUGAAGAGACAAAAAUUCAAAUGGUAGAAACUUCAGAUUCAUAUAGUAGCAGUUCUGAUAACCAGUUAGAAGCAAGAAAAAGUUCAUUGAAUAGAGAUUCAGAAUUAGACAAAAUAGAAGCAACUUCCUCGAAGAGAAGCUCAGUUGACCACCCAACAGAAUAUAAACUCCAAGAAUAUACGACUAAAUCAUCGGCAACAUCGUCCCAAAUACAACCAAAAACCCAAUACGAUUCGAUUGAGAGGAAGAAUAUAACUAAACAAGAAUCGAAAACCAGUGAAAAAGUUUCUGAAUCAAAUUCAAGCGAUUCGCAAAUUGUUGAUCGUGAAUUUAAAGCUGACACAGAAGCAGCAAUCUCGAGGCCAAAAUCCGAUAAUUCAUUAGAAUCUAAUAAGGAAUUUCCGGCAAGCGAGUGCCUUAAAGAGGAAACGGAAAUAUACAAUGGAGAAUCAGUCAAAAGUGCGGUUAUUACUUUCGAAGACUCGCAAAAAAUUGUAACAGAACACGUAACUACAGUAGAUAAAAAUUCUUCGAAAUCAGAAAACGAAAGUUUGACGAACUAUGAUUUGAAUAAUGAAAUUUCCAGAUCAACUUCAGAAACUCAUUCUUCAAGCAAUGUUACAAGCUCACAUAAAUUUCCAUCGUUACCUGGCCAAACUCUUGAUAAAUCGUCUUGUGAUAUUGUUGAUAAAGGAGUUUCUAUAAGAUCUGGAACUAGUGAUGGAGAGAACGGGAAUCUCGCAAAGGCAUCAACAAACACUGAACUUUUCUCUGCUAUUCACCGAGAGAAUAAACUAACUAAUAUCAUCUUACCAGAGGUGAUUAAAGAGGAAACGAUUGAUAAAAUCGAGGAGACAGAGAAAAUGAGCUUCUCGCCAGUAAAAGUCACUUCAGAUGAGUUUAUUUCCAAGGUUGAAGCAUCACCAGGAACCAGUUUCUCGACAACGCAGUUUGUUACAUCAGCUGAUAUGCCCUCCGUUCACUUACGCCGAUCUGCACAAAUGGCUGGUCAAGUUUUAUACGAAAUCCCCGACGAAGAAGAUACUAGCGACUUAUCUCAAUGCAAGAUUGACCAAGAUUCAAAAUCACAUCAAGUUAAAGGUUCUGAUGUCCAUCCAGAGGCCAGUCAUUCACAAGAAGUUGAUGAUCACAAAACUAUUACUCGAAAAAGAGUUUUAGAUUCAGAAAACACUUCGAUGGACAUCACAUCGCCACAAGAUUCUAAGUCUGGCUUGUGCUGCUUUCCAAGGUCUGUUGAGGUGGAUGGGCUUAAGAAAGAGAGAGAAGACAAAACGGAAAAGUCAAAAUCUCCUGAAAGAUUAGAGACAAUUGUGACUUUUCAAACGGAAAAUUUGAGUGAGCAGCAAAUUAAAGAGAAAGAAUCGACACUUAAAGAGUGGGGUAAUCCUCUUGGACUUCCGAAGCCAACUGAUCCCACCGAUUCAAAGGGUAAUAGAUCAACAUCCAAGUCUCGUGCUAAAUCAUCUGAUCGAACCGAUGCCCAAAGAAAUACUUCUACUCGCCGAUCCGAAUCUACAAAUGACCCAAUAAAACCCAUUCAUCUUGACUUGGCUUAUAUUCCUCACCAUGGUGAUCGUAAUUACUGUAAUGCUGAUUAUUUCAAAAAAAUUCGUGCUCGUUAUUAUGUUCUCAGUGGUGUUAACCCUUCCAAGGAAGUUCUAAAUGCUUUGAUCGAAGGCAAACAAACCUGGGAAGACGUAAACGCCGAAGUGACUUUGAUACCAAGCCAUGAGUCGGAAGUGUUGUGUUUAUGGAUGGCCAGCAAUCAGAAAACAUUAGAAACACUUCACAUUGAAGUCGCUCCAUCGGCUUCAAGGUGCUCAGUUAUUCUGCAGGAUCAGGAGAGCAGUUGCUCAGCUUACCGAGUUGAAUUCUAAUCCAAUUACAAGUUCCCUUUGCAAUUGCAAAUUGAUUAAUUUGCCUCAAUCCAGUUAUCAAAUUCAAUUCACAGUUGAUAAUUUCGCUUAUUAUUAUUAUUAUGCUUGUUGAAAGAUAUAAACAUUAUUAAUAUCUUUUUCAUGGGUUAAUUUCAAUUUUAUUAAAUAUUAAUUACUUACAAUUAGCUUUAGGAUUUACUUGAUACUGAGAUGAUUGGAUUAACUGGUGCUAUUAGCUACAACAUUGAGAAGAUUUAACUUGGAUAAAAUGACUCAGGUUAAGAGUGAAAUCAUCUGGCUCUUAAAUGUGAUAAUUAAAAUGAGAAAUUACAUAUUUCAGAAAUUCAUCUAUGUUAACACGAGCUGAAUUCUGCAUUUUCACAACCACCAUCCAAUUAUUAGUAUGGAUAUUUCCAUGGUUCAAUGGAUACUUUCAAUGAAUCACCAUGAUCAACCCAUUGAUGACUUGAAAACUUUUAUCAUACUAAUAGAUUUGGUUAACUUGUGCCAGAUUGACUAAGGAAUUGCUUUGUAUUGCCUUAAAGUUAAAUGUUAAAUUGCACUGACUGUGAUUGAUAGGAAAUUAAAAUUAUCAGAAAAAUGUUAUUAAUACUUUGAA